CAACAAAACCACUAGCCAUUUCUUCUAUUUGUCUGGACCGACGAGCUUAAAUUCUUGCUUGAAUUUCUAGGGUUUUCAGACCUCAGUAGCUACAGAGAAUUUAAGGGUUUUUCAGUGGGGCCCUGAUGUUAGGUGGGUUGUACGGGGACCUCCCUCCGCCCUCCUCGGCCGAUGAAGAAAAGCCGAGCAACUCCACUGUUUGGUCGACCAGCACGAAAAUGGCGCCGCCCACCCUCCGUAAACCCGCUUCGGUUUUCGCCCCGCCGCAGAUGAUACUGAAGACGCAGAACAAGCAGAAACCAGGGAAUUCGGCGCAGCUGAAAGCUGUGGCGUCACCCGCGGUUGCUCUGCUGCCUACGGUGGUGCCGGAGCCCGUCGCUCAGCCUGCUUUGGUGGGCGUUACGUCCACGGUCCUUGAAGAGUAUGAUCCGGCGAGGCCGAAUGAUUACGAGGAUUAUAGGAGGGAGAAGAAGAGGAAAUUGAUGGAAGUCGAGAUGAGGAAGGAGCUCGAAAGAAGGCGGCAGGAGGAGGAGGAGAGGGAGAGGAGGGAGAAACAAGAGAGGGAAAGACAGAGGGAGAGGGAUUAUGGUGAUGAUUCGCGGUUGAACAUUUCCGGCGAGGAAGCGUGGAGAAGGCGCGCUGCAAUGAGUGGGGCACUGCCGAGAUCACCAUCUCCGCCGAGUAGUGGAGACGGGUUUAUCAUCGGAAAGUCGGAGACGGGUGGGUUGGGUGUUGGUGCUGGUGGACAUAUGACUGCAGCACAAAGAAUGAUGGCGAAAAUGGGGUGGAAAGAGGGCCAAGGACUUGGCAAGCAGGAGCAGGGAAUUACUACUCCUUUGAUGGCCAAGAAAACCGAUCGCCGAGCCGGGGUGAUUGUCAAUGCUAGUGAAGCCAAGCCGGAGAAGAAAGUGAAGAGCGUGAAUUUGAAUGGGCCACCCACUCGGGUUCUGCUGCUUAGAAAUAUGGUGGGACCCGGUGAAGUAGACGAUGAGCUUGAAGAUGAAGUAGGAUCAGAGUGUGCCAAAUAUGGGACGGUGACUCGGGUUCUCAUAUUUGAGAUAACAGAACCAAAUUUUCCAGUUGAUGAAGCAGUAAGAAUCUUCGUGCAGUUUGAGAGAUCUGAAGAAACGACAAAGGCACUGAUCGACCUUGAUGGCCGGUUCUUUGGGGGUAGAGUAGUCCGCGCCACAUUCUAUGAUGAGGAGAGGUUCAGCAAGAAUGAAUUGGCUCCAAUGCCCGGAGAAGUCCCCGGUUUCUUUUGAGUCCGAUUAGAAGUUUCAAAUGUACGGCAAUUCUCUCAAUUUUGAAGACAAAGGACUUGGGUUCCUAAUUGAUUAUGUGACGGAAAAGAAAUGUUGUAAGCAUCAUCUGCUUAGACUGAGCUUUAUUUCUGGAAAUCGGGUCUAGGUUUUUUUGUCAACUGGUAUUGGAAUGGAGAGAUUGUCACCAUGAGAAACAGGUGGGUGCAUUUUAUCAGGAAUUUGUAAUUCCAUUGUGAGAGGAAAUAAUGCUCAAUGGCACAAGUUUUGACUUUCGGUUUAGCACCAACACUGAUGUAUUGGAUGCCCCUAGAAAUUGUUGUUUAAGAUUGUGCUGCUUUUAA